GACUGCAGCUACAGCAGCAACCUGGGAGAGGAGGGAGGCAGCAGCAGGCGCGGCUCCUGCGGGGAAGGCACCCGGCGCGGACGUGUCCGGCUCCGCGCUGCUGCAGACAGCUGUCUUGACCUGGCCCUGACUUGACCCCUUUCGCCGUCCCCUCCCACCCUUAGGCUCUUCGAGUUCCUCAAACUACGGUCCUACUCCGUCCCCACUCCACGUCUUCAGUUACUUCCUCCUCACAAUGGGAAAUGGGGCGCUCGGCUUAGGCUACGAGCCCUACAACCUGUCAUCUCCUUCGCCGGCCCCAGACGGGGCGGGCGGAGAGGCAGCGACAGCGGCAGCAACUGCAGCAGCAGCCACGGCCGCCCGGCUGCUGGUGCCCGCCUCUCCUGCCUCCUCUCUGCUGACCUCGACGACUCCAGCGCCCGUGGCCCUGUCACAGCAGUGGACGGCAGGCAUGGGCAUGCUCAUGGCCCUGAUCGUGCUGCUCAUCGUGGUGGGCAACGUACUGGUGAUCGUAGCCAUUGCCAAGACGCAGCGUCUGCAGACGCUCACCAACCUCUUCAUCAUCUCCCUGGCCAGCGCCGACCUGGUCAUGGGGCUGCUUGUGGUGCCUUUCGGGGCCACCAUCGUGGUGUGGGGCCGGUGGGAGUACGGCUCCUUCUUCUGCGAAUUCUGGACGUCGGUGGACGUUCUGUGUGUCACCGCCAGCAUCGAGACGCUGUGUGUCAUCGCCCUGGACCGUUAUAUCGCCAUCACGUCUCCGUUCCGCUACCAGAGCCUGCUGACUCGGCCGCGGGCGCGGGCGCUCGUGUGCACCGUGUGGGCCAUCUCGGCUCUCGUGUCCUUCUUGCCCAUCCUCAUGCACUGGUGGCGGGCGGACGGCGACGAAGCGCGGCUCUGCUACAACGACCCCAAGUGCUGCGACUUUGUCACCAACCGAGCGUACGCCAUCGCCUCCUCCGUGGUUUCCUUCUACGUGCCGCUGUCCAUCAUGGCCUUCGUCUACCUGCGUGUCUUCCGCGAGGCCCAAAAGCAGGUGAAGAAGAUCGACCGCUGCGAGCGGCGCUUCUACAGCGGCCCCCGCCCGCCGCCCUCGCCCUCGCAGCCGCAGCCGCCGCAGACCCAUGCGCCCCAUCAGCCGCCCCCCGCGCCCGCACUGCCGCCCUCGCGCGCGGCUGUGGCCAACGGGCGCCCCAGCAAGCGGCGGCCGUCGCGCCUCGUGGCUCUCAAGGAGCAGAAGGCUCUCAAGACGCUGGGCAUCAUCAUGGGCGUGUUCACCCUCUGCUGGCUUCCCUUCUUCCUCGCCAACGUGGUGAAGGUCUUCCACCGAGACCUGGUGCCCAACUGGCUCUUCGUCUUCUUCAACUGGUUGGGCUACGCCAACUCGGCCUUCAACCCUAUCAUCUACUGCCGCAGCCCGGACUUCCGCAAGGCCUUCAAGCGGCUCCUGUGCUGCCCGCGGCAGGCAGAGAGGCGCCUCCACGCCAGCGUCGGGGAGCUGUCGCGCGGGGGCUCCGGGGCAGCCACGGCUGGAGGCUGCGGCACCUCUGCCGCGGGCUGUGCCACCCCGUCUCCCGCGGCCGCCUAUGCGGAGCAGGGCGAGCUGCUUCCCUCGUCGCCUCACUACCUGGAGCCCUGGGCCGGCUGCAACGGCGGGGCGACCGGGGACAGCGACUCCAGUCUGGAGGACAGGGACAGCAAAGACUCGUAUUCGGAAUCCAAGGGAAGAGAGGAUCUGUGUUUACUCAAGACCGAAAGCAGGUGAUAGUGUAUCCUUCAUACCUCAUCUGAAUCAUCCACGACAAACAAAAGCAACUCGACCGUUGAACACAAGGAAAGUUGGGGGCGGGGGGGAGGUUGGGAUUUUGGACUUUUAUUCUUGACUUCUCUGGGGAAGUGGGGCACGAUGCCUGUUUCAUCUUUUCCAGUCUAAUUCUGAUCCUUCCUGCAAGGAUUGUGAAAGUGUUGGGUAGAUAGGUGGGACGGAGAAAAGAAUACGGGAUUCAGAAAAAAAGAAAAACCAUCAACUUGUUUUUUCCAAGAGCUGCACUUAAUAAUCCUGUUUUUUAAGACUAUCAGCUGUUCCCAUCCUAUUCCUGGGAACUGGACCAGUCAAAGGAAGAGAAAAUGAAUCUGUGGACAGUUUGACAGAACAGAUUUUUUGUUGUUGUUUUUUAGUUCCAUGAAAGUUUUUUGUCAUUAUUAUUUGAAAGUCUGAGUAGUAACAUCUUUAAACAAAGCAGAGGGGAAAGGAUGUAAAAAUCAUUUUCACCUUUUAAAAGAGUUUUAUUUAGAACAAACAACCUGACUUUCCUUUUGCACGGCAAACCUAGCGUCUUGGCAAUGGUGAUGAGGCAGAGGGGUUCCUACCUCAAACUGUGCAUAUUGCACAGGGAUUUUUUUUUAAAAGAUAUGUUUAUAUUAAACAGAUUAUUUAUGUAUCAAUAUUAGUUUGAAGGACCAGGCACGAGCCUCUGUGACACGUGACUCUGUCACAAUUUGAAGAGAGGAAACAGUCUUAGUGUCAAGAAAAAUUACUGCACAUUUGAAAAAAGAAAAUAAAAAAGAGUGGUUCAAAAUGCCUUUUUGCACAGUGUUAGAAAUUGUAAAAUCCACUGAAGAUAUUACUUGCACACACACACACACACACACACACACACACAAAUUUUAAUGAGGGGAGGAGAGGGAGUUGAAAAUAACCUGAAAUCCAAACUCUACUUUUUUGUCUGUUAUGUUACUGAGUUAAUGUUUCAUUGGAAAAAAUAAUUACUUUUUAUACUAUUUUAUCAUGGUACUGUAACUGUAUCCAUACUAAAAAUUUAAAUAUAAUUUUUUUUAUUAUUUUUGUAUGUCCAAGUGCUCACGUGAAUCUGCUGUUAAUUUAGCACUUGUGUGUCAUUUCUAUUUCCUCCUGUGUAUUUUAUAAAGUAUUUAUACUCUGGUGCAACUAACUACUGUGUAAGUAAAUGGUCUAUGUGCAAUAAAUACAAAUGCAGCACAAUCAAGAUAUGUACAGUGUGUCUGUAAGGGUUUGGAAACAAUUUCCAGCUGUAAUGAAAAGACUAGCAUUUGUUUUGCUUGCAAUAGGGAUUGGAUUUCCAAUGCAACUAUUCAUAAUAGCCUUUCUUGACACAAAAGCUUGGCAAAAUGUGGUCUAGACCAAAUAAAGCUAUAUUCCUAUUGAAAGCUUCUAAUUUUCCUCCAAAAUUCAUAGGCAGAUUCAAAGGCAUUUCCAAACCAUUUCUCAAACAGCAAGCUCCCAUAUGCUGGCUGUACUUGCCUUUCUUAAAAGGUAACAUUUUGGAUUAUGUAGAGAAAUAUAAUUUUACCUUCAAAAUACAAUCUUCAGAACAACAGGUAAAACAACUGCUACUUUGCACAAAAGAAAUAGGGCAGACUAUAUGUAGAUUGAAUAAUUUGUUACCUGCUUUAAAUGAAAUCAGUAAUUCCUUGGUUUUCUAAUACGUAGCCUAUAAAGUUCAGUGUAUAGUAUGUAUAUUUCUCUAACGGCUAUUUUGAAUGUAAAAUGCUUCCAUGGUCAAAUGAUUAUUUAUAAAAAUAUUUUCCAUUCAA